GAUGAAUCUGUAUUUCUAAAUUAUUUAUGAUAUACAGUGUAAACUCUAUAUAACGACACUCGAUUUAACGACAAACUCUCUAAAGCGUCGAAAUCAAUUGCCUUUGGUUGGUUUAGCUUGUCUACCAUACAUUCAUACACUCCACAUAGCAUCACACCCACUCUCAAUAACGACAACAAUUAAGUAAUAAAAAGUACCUUUUAAGUUGCUAAAAACUGCGCACGUGGUUAACGUUCUUUUGUUGCUUUGUUAUCCUAGCCUGCAAUAAACUCGACAUCAUGUAUACCGAACUUUCUAAGAAAUUCGUUCUUUUGUUUAUAAAUUGGGAUUGCUUGCACGUGUCCGGACCCCGACUGUUUUUGGCCAUGACUAGAGUCGUGGAAUAUCUAUACGUUAUCAUAUGUCUGUAUUCUCAGUUGCUCACAAAUUUUCAAACUGUAAACAUGGCUAGUAAAAGAAAAUCACUGUGUUUUAUUGAUACGUGCAAUAGAAACUGGAGAGAAGAUAAGUGAUGUUGGCAAACGCUUUGGAUUUAGUCGCUCUACCGUGUCCACAAUAUGGAAAAACAAAGACAAAAUUCUCCAAGCUGAGGGCGAGGGGAAAUCUUCCAAAAAAUUAAAGAGACCUAAAUACGAAGACUUAGAUGAAGCUAUACUGUCAUGGUUUCACCGACAGCGCCAGAAUAAUAUGCCUAUUUCGGGGCCGCUCAUGAAAGCUAAGGCGGAGAAUUUUGCUGAAGAACUUGGUUUAACUUCUUUCAAAGCAUCAGAAGGAUGGCUCGGAAAAUUCAAGCAACGUCAUCAUAUCAACUACGGUAAAAUAAGUGGGGAAGCACGAAGUGUUGAUACGAAUGUGACUCACGAUUGGAUUAAUAGAGUGUGGUCAAAAUUCACACAAAAAUACGCGCCAAGUGACAUUUUCAAUUCUGAUGAAGCAGGAAUUUUCUAUAAGUUGACUCCAGAUAAAACUCUGAAAUUUAAAGGGGAAAAGUGUGUGGGAGGAAAGCUUUCCAAGGAACGUAUUACGGUGCUUGUGGCUGCUAAUAUGGACGGCACAGAAAAAAGAAAGCUAAUGGUAAUAGGCAAAUCAAAAAAUCCGCGCUGUUUUAAGAACAUUAAAAAUUUGCCAGUGACGUACAAAGCUAAUAAAUCAGCUUGGAUGACCAGUACACUUUUUGAAGAAGGAGUGCGAAAGUGGGAUACAGAUUUAAAGGGACGAAAAAUUUUACUUCUUGUUGACAACUGCCCUGCCCACCCGUUUAUAUCGAAUCUUCAAAACAUAGAGUUGGCAUUUCUUCCUCCAAAUACGACUAGUGUCUUACAGCCAAUGGACCAGAGUGUGAUUAAAAGCCUCAAGGGUCACUACAGAAGGAAAUUAUUGAUGGAGCUAGUCGAAUCUGAGGGGAAAACUUCUGUUAAUAUGUUGCACGCAGUAAAUUUUUUGUCUAAAGCCUGGGAAGAAGUGACACCCACAACUAUACAGCACUCUUUCCGACAUGCUGGACUUUGUAUCAAUUUUACGAGUGAUGAGGUGGAAACAGAACUUGAGUUUGAUAGUGACAACGAACUUCCAUUAACUGAGUGGAUUCAACAGUUUAACAUGGCAGAAAAUACGGUGAAUCUUCAAACCUACGUGGAAGUGGACGAUUGCCUGCUUACAACGGCUUCACUUACAGACAAAGAAAUUUUAGAUUCUGUAAGAAAAACUGAGGAUCAAGAGCAAGGAGAUGAAGAAGAUGAGAUAGACGAACCUGAGCCUCCUCCAAGCAUUAAAGAAGCUCUGAAAGCAGCUAAAUUAUUGGAAAAUUAUUUCCUUUAUCACCAAGAUGUCUCAAUAUCACAGGAUAUAAAUAAAAUAAGUAAAAAAAUACAACAAAAUUACUGGUGCAGCAAAAGACGUCAAACAAAAAUAACAGACUAUACUCAAUAGCAUUCAAAUAACUUUAUUUUUUAUGUACAUAACCACUAACACUAGUCUUUUUUUUUUUUUUUAGCGACGUAAAAUCAUCAAAUGACCCCUCCCGCUGUGGGUUAGCAGCGGUGAGGGAGUGUCAGACUCUUACUGACUAAAAUCGUCGUGUUCCGUCAUAGGCCUUCUAUGUACCAGGGCCGCGGUAUCUCUUUCGAACAACCCGCAGCCCCGGCAGGCCUUGGCCCUGCUGGGCCCCGCUGACUAACACUAGUCUGAAAUAAACUUUUUUUCUAAUUGUUUUUUUUCUUCUCUCCAUUUAACGACAACUCUAUAUAACGCCAUAAAAUGCACAGUCCCUUCGGUGUCGUUAUAUAGAGUUUACACUGUAUUACAAUUAUU